AUGAAGAGAGAGGGUCGCCAACAUGGUAUGGUGCGAUCUUAUCGGAUCCUACCAUCAACACUUAAACCGAAUACCCGAUUCGUCACCCGGUUCGAUUCCCCUCCCACUGCUGGGCUUUUCACCAAGGUACCCUCCAAGCCCACCAACCACUCCAAGUUCACAGCCAAGUGUGGCACGCCACACUGCACCAUAUGCCACCUCAACCCAACAUGCAAGUCCAAGAACAAGACCAAAGGCAACCAAAAGCACAAACACAGCCGGGUCAUGGAUCGACCCGAUUCGAAUUUUUCCGGGUUGUCCGUAACCAUGACGUUGGACAUUCUUUCUAAUGUCCACAUUGAAGAUGAGGUGGAAGAUGAAAGUGGUGACCAAGACGAUUAUCAUAUGGAUUAUUCAUGCACUUUAAAUGAUGGCAUAUGUAUUUCUGAAAUGGGGUUACCGUUGGGAAUUGAUCAUGUUGAAGAAGAAAAAGACGAAGAUAAUGAUUGGUGUUGGGUUGAACCUUGUUCAUGA